AGCAGUCUCGCACCUCACACAUCGUGGCUCACCGUCACUUUCGGCCACUGUCUGCCCUGGGACUUGGGACUUGGCCUGGUACUGUGCACUACACGGCCCCCGUCGGCGGAGCGCGGUGUUGUUCGGUCUUUACGCGGUUGCACAAGUUCGUGGUCUCGGACGACACCACGUGCACGACUUUCUCGAACUUCGGAUAGCGAUAGUACCCUCGGCGCCCACGAUACCGAGAACCGACCCAACCACCGGUGACAGCAAUUCAGCUGGCAGGGCGUUGAGGCCAGGGAACAAGAUUGAAGGAAUCGGAUACUGAGUAGCAAAGUAAACAGUACGCCCGCUGGGAGAGGGAUGCAUUAUGGCCAAUAACUCCUCCACCCCUCUUGCCGAUUACUUCUGGAUCGCCGGGAUAGAGCACAUCAAAUACGAUGAUGACCUGGACCCCAUACAGCCUCAACAAUUAGACGAUACGAUUGUAGAGGAUGGCGAGGGAGAGGAUACCGACAGCUCGGUAGCCACCCCUUCGAGAGCCACGGCUCGGCAUUCCCGUCAGAACUCGGCUAACCGCCUCUCUACCGUCUCCAAGCUCUCACUGUCUCCCUCGCUUUCUGGCGGCGAGGGCCGGAUCUCGGAGGAGGACGACGGAAACACCAGGAGCAACCGGAGCAGUGCAACCAUUCGACCAAUACCACCGCCGGAUCUUGGCACUAAUAACACCGACAGCAACACUAAUGGCAAUACUGCCCUCGGACUGAAUGGCUUCGGCGGAGGGGAGGGCAUUGGGUUCGACGGGGUACCCCCCGACUUCGACUUUGACAAGGCGCUCCUCAAAUUCGCUGCCGAGCGGGAGGACUUUCUUGACGAUCUAACCUUCAGUGCGGGCGCAAGAAUCCAGUCGAGGCCGCCGAUGGUGAACCCGAGAACAGAGAAGCUCAGGGCCGAGGACGCCGAUCAGAAUGGGAGGAAGAGCCCUCUGCGAAGCAUCCGUGGCAGCAUCCGGCGCAAGAUGAGUUUUAGGGACAUGAGCAGUGUGAGGAAGCAGCCCAUGCCUCCAAGGACAGCUUCGAUCCGAACGGCCAAGCGCCUGAGCAACUACAACUCUGUCAUCCCCCCUCCCGAGCCGUUGAACUUGGACCCUGACAUGCAUCCGCUCAAACGACGGUUCGAGCCUGUCCUGCUUGAUAGAUAUCCCCAACGAGAUGCCUCGGCGGACGAGCUGGCCAGGAGGGGUAAAUUCCCCGACUACGUGCCCAUGUUCGCUUUCCCGAACGACAUCCAGAUCGUGUCCUCCGACGAGCGGCCGCGCUCGACCUGGCACGGGUUUACCAUGACGUCGGAUGACAACUCCAAGAUCUAUGGCAUCACCAUCAUUGUCUGGACGGCGCUGACGGCGGAGGUGGCUGAAGAGGUUGAGAAGCGGUGCGAGCGGUGGCGGCAAAGACACAUGAGCAACGAGGAAAGGGAGCUCGCUGCCAGUCUGGGCGGCCGCCUCGCUGCAGAGCGAGCACAUCUCUCUCAACUCCUUGCGAAACUGGGUACUGUGCCCUCGGGGUCGGCGGCCAGAGAAUCGCUCGACGAACAGAUCAGUGCCGUGGAGGAGAAGAUCGCGCUCAUGACCGAGAUGUUGCGGCCUCUGAGGCACGGCGCCGCGUCCAAGAUCGACGGUCUCACCGCGGGCGAGACGGGUCUCUGGACGCCACGAGCGUUUGGGAUCCUCGGCAGGGACCCCUCCAAGAUGGGCUUCUGGAAGGAGUGGCUCCGAGCGGUUGUGGUUCCCAUGACCGACGGCGCUGUGUUGCGGAUCCCGCCAAGCUCUCCCAAGGUCGGGCGGUGGCAGCCCCUAGAGCGCUACGUCGUCAACCUCUGCACCGAGGCUUUCAGCCCGUUGAGCUCGCUGACCCAGGUGGAGUUGAGCGUGCGUGAGCUGCGGCUUUACGCGCGCUCGGAGGCAGUCAACGAAAUACCGGGAUCGCGGAGCAUCGAUCUGUAUGCCCUCUUCAGGUGUCUCUCGCUGGAGAAUAUCGUACUCCUGUUCGAGUACGCCAUGUCCGAAGCUCGCAUCAUCUUCCUCUCGUCACACACCGGAAUGUUGCACCUUGCGUGCCAUGCGCUAGCCAACCUCCUCUACCCCUUGAAAUGGGCGAGCAUCUUCAUCCCCGUCCUGCCCGCCCGGCUCAUCUCCGCCCUCGAAGCGCCAUGCCCUUACAUCGUGGGAGUGGAGAGACGAUACGACAAGAUUGAGCUUCCUGACGACGACUACGUUCUUGUCGAUCUCGACCGGGACCUCAUCGACGCCACGGCACAUCCUGUCAGCCUGCCGCGGCAGCACCGUCGAAAGCUCCUGUCCUUGCUUCAGGUAGCUGCUCCUCACCGUCUUCGGUACGGGGUCACCCCAGGGCCACCACCCUAUGCCGUCGAAGCAUUUCCCUACGACGCGUAUUCGGCCGAGAACGAGGCGAUUUUCAACCCUAGCCCCGUCAAGAGCUCACUGGGCAAGUGGGUGAUACAGAACUCGUCCACAUUCGGUGAACCAGAUCCGCCGAGCUCUAUCCGCACGCCCCUCCUCAACGCCUUCGCAAAGGCCAAGGCUGAUCCCAGCAAACUGGACCGGCCGCCCACCGCGAAAUCAAGCAAAGGCAGCCCGCCUUCGUCCGUGUCGCCGGUCUCGAUGAAUUUCCCGCCAAUGCCCACGACGCCCGUGUCACGGAGCGACUCUGGGUUCGCUCAGACCCUCAAGGAGAAGCGGUCCGGGCAUUUCGACGAGAAGUCUAGGCGCAGCUCGUCGUUCAACGUGGACCGGCACCAUGGACCGGUGCACCGGCCAAGCCUCCCGUUCCUGAACGGGCACAGCCAGAACCUGUCCAUUUCCGCGAUCUCCAUCGACUCGCAAUCCUCGUUUGGAGGCUAUGCUCCUUCGACCUACGCGCAGUCGACCAUCGCCGCCUCAACCAUCAUGCCAAGCAUGACAGUCCAACCGGUAAAGAACACAGAGAACACGGUCUGGGUGGAGGGCCACUGCUUCCAGUGGAACGCGUCCGAGGGCAACUCAACUUGCACAGUCUGCGAGGACCGGUCUGAAGGGGAUGGUCUCUACAAGUGCAGCGGAUGCAACUGCCUGGCUCACAACCGCUGCUUGGGAUUCGUAUCCUUGGUCUGCCCCGAGGCGUUCCAUCCCGACCGGGUCCGAGCGGCAUUUGUCCGCUGCCUGGCCAGUCUGUUGUACACCUACCGCAAGCACCUCGGCCGGCCAUCCCGGGAGCAAAAGUCCAACGGCCAACUGUACGCGUUUGACAUGGAUGGAUUCAUCCGCAGCCUGCCCUACGACCAGCAAGAGUACGCUACCAUGAUGAGGGACACGCAAGCAUUCAACGAAUUCAUCCACGAGCGCGAGCGCCAGCCCGCCUCAGACCCGGCAAUCCGCCUCUUCGACGAGAUCCUCAUCGCGAAGAAGGCCCGCGGCCGCCCCGCAUUUUCCGCGGGCCUCUCCCGCCUUUCCACCCUCCGCGCCUCCCACGGCGGCUACCUAGGCGGCGGCGGCUUCAGCGCCGCACCCUCCGCGAAUCGCCAGGUAAAGGCUCCCGGUUACCUAUCCGACACGACCGAUCACAUCUGGCGCACAGCCUCGGUCCCCGUGCCCUCGGCCAAGUUCAACGGUGACUACCGGACCGUCAUCACGCGCGUCCCCUUGCGCCUCGAUCCCAGCCUGAUGAGGGAGCCGAGGGCGAUCCAAGGUGUGCCGCGGCCUGAACAGGGCAGGGUUAGGGGCCUGGUCCGGAAGCAAGUCGCUAGUAUGUUGGGACCGCCGACGCCGGAUUUUAGCGUGCCGCAAUAGGGUGACGGGUGUCAUCAUUGAAGGAGAGUUUGAAGGGAGUCGACGAGGAGGUUGCGCUUGCUCAUCUUUAUCAGGGCAGGUCACGUCAGAUCAUC